AACAAGCUGAGAUCAUCAGACUCCAUCGCGAUGCUUCUACGGCGUAUGCAGCUUCGAGUCCCACCUCCGAGGUUCGCCGUCCUCGCAACUCUAUUUCUAUUGUGUGAACGAGUGCUGGGUAUUCAGAGUGAUCAUGAUUAUGGCCAGUUUCGACUGCAGCUCGCAGGUCUGCCGCAGUUCACCUUAUCUGCCUUCGUGGUCGUGGUCCUCUUGCUGAUGUGUCCGCUGGUGCUGGGGAUGCAGCAUGGCCAGGAUCACCACACGCAGAUUGACCCAGAAGAGUUCUUACCGAAUAGUGUGACCACUACAGCUGAACAAAGGAACAACAGGGUAGCGCGCGCCAAA